AUGUGGCGGACGAACAAGAUCUUCAUCACGCGCAACACCCACGCCGCCCGGGCGGGUGGGGCACAGGAGCUGGCCGACGAUGGAGUCCCGCGAUCUGACAUCGCCGACUUGGGCCACUGGGCGCUCGACAAGCUUGCGAAGAGCUACAUCACGACCAUCCCGAAGGCCGCGGUGUUAAGAAAGGCCGGCUACACGGGCAAGUGCGGCGACUACCACCUCGGCCGCAGCUUGGUGACGCCCGACCCCAAGGUGGUGGCCCUCAUCGCCCAGCAUAUCUUUCCCUGGGCUGAAGCGGAACUGGACAAGGCGGUAAGGUGCGCCACCGCGAGAGAGCCCAACACAGCCGGGGUGCACUUCCUGCAAUUGCUCAUCGAGUUCGGCCGCCGAAUCGUCGCCGAGGAUCUGGCGUGCAUGCUGAUGCGCGAACCGUGGCACCCGUACGUCCAGAGUUCCAAGCUCUGCCGCGACCCCGACUUCCAAAAAUGGGCCAAGGACGUCAACCGGGUGGACCUCGAGACCAUCGCCACGCGCCGUACUCCGACCGAGAACCCCCAAGAGGUCGACCAGCUCACCAUGAUGCUGCACCGCCAGAGAGAGGAUGCCGCGAUCGAGAAGCUUGGGAUGCAGAAGCAGCUGGAGGAGAAGGACGCGGAGAUCGCGAGGUUGAUGCAGGCUCUCAAGCUGGCCGAGGCACGGCCGACUGCGCCUGCACCGCCGACCACAAGGCCGAUGACCGCCGCCGAGAAGGCAGCUUCCGUCAAGAUCGAGAAGGAACAGGACGACGACCUGACGUACGAGGUGAACGUCGUGCAUCCCUGGCGCACGUCCAAGACGGUCGAGGCUGCCUGGCGCUGGUGGAACAACCCGUCCAACUUCGACUCGCGUCCCUUGCGCGAACGUUACGACGAGCACAGAUUCCUCGUCAGACACACGCGCAUGAUCUGCAAGGUCGAAAAGGGCGACAAACCCGCAGCGUCGGCGAAGUCGGCGAAGAGCUCCCGUCCUACGACCGAGGUGGGUGAGACGGGGAAAAACGAUGCGCUGCAGCACUGCACUCGCCGGAUGAGGCGGAUCAUGGAAGCGGUGCACGACUUGCGGCGGAGCGACGACGCCGCUGACACCGCCGCCGUCAUCAAGCUACUCGACCAUCUGGGGCGAGCGGGGCUUUCCACUUUCAGCGACGCGCUCUUGGUCCUCCGUGCAACCCCGCCCAUCAAGGUCCCCACCACAGCCGACGGAAAGUCGGUCGGCAUCAAGGGUCUGGACAAGCCGCUGGCGAGGAAGCUCGCCGUUGCGUGGGGCGUGGUCACGGCGGGCUACAUGGACGCUGACUAG